AUACACAUAAUAUAUUUAUAAACAAUUUCUACGAAUUCGCAAGUUAUUGUAUGUUGCUUAGUCAAGAAAUUGUGAGAGAAGAUACAGUAUUCGAAGUAGAAAGUAGAACAUAACUAUUGCGAAUGGUACUUAUUUGAUUUCAGAGCUCACAGCGAUAAGAUAAGGGUAUGUUGUACACUAGUUACGGUCCUGAUACACUUAGUUAGUCCUUAUUCAGAGAUGCGAUGGAUGAAGGUGAGGCGCGAGGGCAGGCACCUAUAACAAAGAUCCAUCGGAACCGGUUUCGUGUUCUGCCCUUUUUUUACAUUCCCGAAAGAGGUCCCGCCGAGCCACGGGUGUGAAAACGGACACCCACCCCCACUUGUUAUUUUGUCAAAACAAAGCCCUGUGAAAAUUAUAGGAAUCACGCAGCAUCAUCAACUUGCUCAUUUCUCUUUUUUCCUCUGAACAUUUACUCCUGUCAAAUUAUUCUCGACCGCACACGUUCUCAGUGCUUUUUCUAGCCCUACCCUGAUCGAACGUAACACCGAAUGAAUUUCAUCAUUCUACCGUUCUACAUUCCUCUCCAUUCAAUCGAAAUCGAAUCACACAUAGAUUUUAACGAAAUCUAAGGUGGAAGAAAAAGGAAAAGGCAGAGAGUGAGAGAGAGAAACAGGAGAAAAAGAAAGAAAUUACAAAACUAAUCUUUAAAUUCACACAAUCGUGAAAAUAAUAACAGAACAAUAAUUUUACACUACUAAGAUGUAAGAAGUUUUUAGACUAUUAGACUGCUCAAUAAAUUUUAUCCGUAAUACUAGUAUUUAUUUUUAUGUUUACUUCUAUAACGUUUCUUAAGCUUGUGUCAGUUUCUAUAUAUUUUACAAAAUUAUUCAGAUCUUUUGCUCUUGUACCUUCUCCGCAUUUUACUGUUAUAAUCAUAAUGCAGAGGAAGUUACUAGAUAAUAGAAAUAUUUCUAUAUUAAUUAUGUUCAAUAUUAAAGGAGUUGCUUAGUCAAUUUAAAGUUAUUCCAUAACAAUUAAUUGAAAUUCACUUCACUUAUCAUUUUACUAUGACAAGCUAUUUCAUCUGCAUUUCCAUUCGUUCGUUCUUUUACAGAAACCUGUUAUGUUGACACAGGGUAAAUUUCUUAUCAGGCGGUAACGAUGAUUUCGUCUAUGUUUUUAGCACACAUUUCUCCUUAUCAUUUUAAUGUCACAUGUUACAUUACCGAUAUAUCACAGAAUAACAUUGCGACAUUAAUAGUAGUUAGAAUUAAAACUAUCUCUGUGAAAUUAGGAAUAUGAUGUAUAGUAGACCAGGAUACAUCUAAUGAGUCAUCAACUCAUCAUGGAUCUUAUAAUUACAAAUAAGAUAAAGAAUUUCAUUUCCUUAUACAUAAAAUUUGUUCGUCAAUUUUACAAAUUCUCAUAUGAAAGAAUAAACAGUUGAUUGGGACGGUUAGGUAACACACACACACACACAUUCUCUCAAAAGAAAAUAUCGAAUUCUUCAUGGUAGAUUUCACAUGUUUUAAUCGUCGUAAUAAGAUUUUGAUAACAUAUACUAUACGGUCAUAUGAAAUCUAGUUACGUAUGUGACACUUAUUUUUUAGUAAUAACUGAAAUUUUUUAGAGACAGAAGCAUGAGUGAAGAUGUAAAAUGCUCUCAAUAUGAUGUUAAACGAAAUAAAAUCCCUUUGCAAGCAUCUGGACGAUGUCAGUCUAUCAAAGAAAGUAACGUGACGCAUACGAUAUCUAAGGAACAAGAUUACUUGAAUGAAAGAAAUAUUUUCAAAAUAUUCCAUUUUCUGCUCUCUCAUGUGAUCAUUCAUCAACCAGCAGAUCCUAUCCAAUACUUGUAUGAAUUGCUCGAUGAUUUUAUAUUAUUUAGAACGGGGCUCAAAGAGCCACGAUUACUUUGGACAGAAAGGCAUCUUAAUGCGAUAUUUGAAAAUAUUCUCUUCCAUGAUUCUGAAUUUUUAUCUUUGGAUGGUUUUAAAACUGCUAUGAAAACGAUGGGCGUGCGUUCUUAUGAUCCAUGUCCAGAUCAGCUUGUCCGAGGAUAUGUAGAUCGGCAAACUUUUUGUACGGAAGCAUUGAAUAGCAUGAAAAAUGAAUUGUUGCAUAUGGCGACCGAAACCAGUCGACGUACAUAGGCGUGAAGCAGAAUAGCUUAUAAUUCCUUUGCAUAUUGUAUACUUUAUCACAAAGCGUAUAUAUUUUAUGUCUAUUUAUUAUUAAAUAUAUACGGUGGUUCACGAAAAUAUUCGAACACUUACCAUGGAAAAUUUUUAUGAUAUAUUAAUUAAUAGAAAUUUUUUAUAUAUAUUAUGUGUGUUAUACAAAACAUUUUGAAAUUUCAUUAGCAAUGUAUUGAGACUCGAUCUCAUGAUUAUAUACUGAUAAAAUUUGAAACAAAUCUAAAAAUAUGUAUACAAACUACAAAAUAUUUAUCCCAAAUAUAUAUUUUUUAAAGGUCACAAAGAUGUUUAAACAAUCAAAUAUUCAUUAUAUUAAUAAACCUCUAUAUUCAGCAGAACCAUCUUUAUAUGUUUAAGAUGUUUGUAGUAAAUGUCUUGCAAUUUCUAU